UACACUGAAUAUUAAAAAUAAGUAUACUCUGACACAUUUAACAACUGUCGGUACUCAUAAAAGGGCUUCUGAGUAAUUUUGUGAAUAUAAAUACGGGAUAGGUCUAAUUGCUUUGGGUCUAUCAGUACUAUGGUUCAUGGUCACUCUGAGCCCUCUAAGCCGAACCGGAAAAGGUCUGAAUUUUCACAAGCACACUUUUGAACAUUUGGUUAGUUUGCUAAUACCAACAGUUGGCGUCCAGACGGUAGUUAUACAUUUUAAAGUCUGCCCGCCAGUGGAGGUGUUAGUGAGCUAUGGCGCCGCAUCAUGAAGACAUCGCCGGGAUUGAUGGUCAAAAAAUUAACAUACACGUGGAGGAUGUCCUCAACCCGUCGACGGUGCUUAUGGCAAAAGCCGUGACCAUGGUUGUUUUGUGUGUGGUCAGUACCAUUAUGGGAAUUAUUCCCAUCCAACUGGGCAAGUGUUUUAACUGGGGCACGUCCGACAAAAGUGGAAAUCCAAGAUCCUCGAGAAUAGUAGGAAUGCUUCUAGGAUUUGGCGGAGGUGUUUUAUUUUGCACAACAUUUCUCCACAUGCUGCCAGAGGUCGUAGAAAGUGUUGGCUUACUCUCCGAACGCGGUGAACUUCCCAAGUUCAAUUUUCCUCUCGCCGAAGCGUUUGUCUGCACCGGGUUCUUCAUAAUGUAUCUAGUAGAGGAAAUAGUCCACACAAAAUUACGCCACCGUGAAAAUCACGUCGCACAUCAUCAUCAUCCAGAAAAAGAUGUUAAUCACAGUACUAAUGAUUUGGUUGAGAAUAACCAAGGCUGCGCCGUUGGUCAUACACAUCAUGGUCAUUCUCACGGUUACGGUCAUGGCCAUACCCAUUUACCGGCAGCAGCAAUAAACGAUCAUCAUGAUUUUGUAAUAAGUUCACUGAGAGGUUUGCUGAUAGUACUCGGUCUGUCUGUUCAUGAACUAUUUGAAGGACUCGCAAUAGGGCUAGAAGGGUCUGCCAAUGACGUCUGGUACAUGUUUGCCGCAGUGGCAGCUCACAAAUUCGUCAUUGCGUUCUGCAUUGGAGUUGAACUGGUUGCUUCAAGGACACACCAGUGCUUAAGUAUUAUCUACGUCUGUACAUUCGCAAUUGUCUCGCCAAUGGGUAUUGGUAUCGGAAUGCUUCUCGUCGGCGGGGAUAGUCCAGCAGCCAGCGGACCUCUUCCCGUAAUUCUUCAGGGAAUAGCUACGGGCACACUCCUCUACGUCGUAUUUUUCGAGAUAUUACAUCACAACCGCGAUGGUCUCCAUCAGUACUUAUCAAUCAUCAUUGGUUUUAUACUCAUGUUUGGACUACAGAUAGCGAAAAUGGAUAAUUCAGGAGCUGCGGGGUCGUAUCAGACGACUCAAACGUCUUUACUACUCGCGAAAAUAGCCGCGAUGUUUAUUCUCGGAAUCGGUUCACUGGGAUUGGGAAUUCUGCCCCUGAUUAUUGGACGCUGCAGAUUCAGACGGCGGCAGAAAUGCGCUCUUUCAAAUUGCUCUAGCACUUCUACCGAAGCCUCUUCGACGAUUGACAAGACAACGCAGGGUUUGCUGACAUCAUUAUUACUGUGUUUCGGCGGUGGAGUUUUGUUAUUCACGACAUUUCUUCAUUUGGCACCAGAAGUUCGCCAGAGCGUAGAACGACAUCAGUCAAACGGACAACUGCUCAGCAUUGGGACUUUAAGUAUGGCCGAGUUACUUUUUUGCAUUGGAUUUUUCCUGGUGUACUUUGUCGAGGAGACCGUCCACGCGACUUUGACCGGAAAAAAUUCAUCUUCAGAGGACCUGCUCUAUCGGACUGUUUCCGUAAGAAGAUGCAACAAACAAGCGCCCGUCUCUGCGUCAACCACCACAAUAACAACUGUCGCGACGAGCAAAAAAGCGUCGUCUCCAACCUCUUGGAAUAUUGGAAAAUUGAGAUACGACGAUGAGGAUGAAGAUAAAAACAGUAACAACAAAACAAUAAAUAGCGAAUCGCCGACCAGUCGUGGAGAAGUAAACAAAAAUGAUGUGCUGCCGGCAGUGUUUAUUCAGUCGUCACCGUCGAUGGAACCCCCAGUGGACGCAGGUCGCGAAGAUGACCAGUUCGUCGCACCUCCUAGCUACCAUUCCCACGCACACGGAUCCCACAGUCACGCUCACGCGGACACGUCAGUUCGCGGACUGCUGACAGUUGUCGCCCUGUCAUUCCACGCGAUAUUCGAAGGUCUCGCGGUAGGCUUAGAACCUUCGGUUGGGUCAGUGGUCUACCUGGCAGCCGCAAUCGCUACCCAUAAAUUGGUGAUAGCUUUUUGCGUUGGAAUGGAACUUUAUGUCACCGGCGCCUCCACCAGAACAAUACUCGGCUACAUGUCUGUGUUUUCUCUGGUGACGCCACUAGGUAUUGUCUCAGGACUUGCUCUCGGGUACUUCAAAAAUGACAGCGAAAACCUCGGGACAACACCAACGAUACUUCAGGGCAUGGCUGCAGGAACUCUUCUGUACGUCGUAUUUUUUGAAGUCCUCGCGAGGGAGCGAGCCAACGAUAAAAGUGGGCUGCUACAAUUAGCAGCUAUCGUUGCUGGAUUCAUGCUAAUGCUGGGACUUCAAUUAGCCACUUCCCAUGCACAUUCUCAUGGACACGGACAUGGACAUGGACACGGGCACUCGCAUGGCGUUGAAGAGGAUCAUGAUACCCAUGGUCACACGGAACACGAUCAUUCAAUGACGUCAAUUAGUGAUAGUAUCAAUAGGAUAUCUACGACAGUAACGGAAGCUGUUACUUCAAUCAUGACCUCAACAGUAUCACCCAGCACCGAGUCAGGGCAAUCUUAAAAUAUAAUUGUUAUAUUUAAGUAUUAAUUUUAUUAUUCCUUAGACAAUAUUCAAAGUCUGAGUUGUUGAGUUUAUAAAAACUCAACUUAAACGUCUUAUCAUUUGCUUAUUUACUCGUGAUACCGAGUUAUCAACGAUAAAAUAAGUGAUUAAUGAUAAUAAUAAUAAUAUAUAAUUAUAAAUAAUUGCUAAGUUUAGUUUUUAUAAAAGUAACUUACGGAAUUAGGAUCUGCUGAGCAGAAGCAGAUACCCAGUUAUUUUUUUUUUAUACUUUAAUUAUUAUAGAACCUGUACAAGUGCGUUAGACUUUUUUUUUAUUACGAAAGUUUGGAAUAUUGACGGUAACGAUUCAUGAUAUUUAGUCAUGAAUACGUUUUAUUAAUUUAUAAUUUAUCCUAUGGAUAAAUAAUAUUUAUACACCGAUAAAUAACUUGUGACAAUAAAUUUAUAGAUAGCGAUAAUUAAGGAGAUAAAGAUAGAGAUAUAAAUAAAUAAAAUUAAAUCUACGAGCUUAUACUUGAUAAUAAAUAACUUUUUUUUUUAAUUUUUAAUAAUGUAAAUAUUUGAAUUUAUUUUCAUUUAUAUUACUGUUAAUUUACCAAUAAAUAUGUAUAUAUAUUAGGGUGGUCCUUAUUUUGGACAUUUUUGAAUUUUUAUACUCCCAGAGGCUUAUGUGGUUCGAAAUAAAUGAAAAAAAAUAUCCUCAAAGUUUCAGAUCUCUAUCUCAAUUUUAACCCGUGCCGCACAGCAAUGUAAGUUUCCCAUUUAAAUAACACGGGGUUUUAGGCAUUGAACAAUUAAUUUUUUAUUCCGGCUAAAGUAAUUGUUCGAAAAAUUUGAAACUCUGUAGACUUUAUCCUUAUAUCAGCAGCUGCUCCUCAGAAUUUUUACAGAUUUUCAGCUACUAUAAUUUUGGGGGUACAGCGUGAUCAAAAAAAAUAAAAAAAAUAUUUUUUAUUUCUAUCUAAAAUUUUUUUUAAAUAACAUAUCAAAUCACUCUGCAUGCUUAUAAGAAGUUUUUACUUUUUUUCAUUCUCGCACCCAAUUGGGUGAACAGCAUAUCUUUGUUGCACUAAUACAGUAAUCAGGAGCUUUGGACGAGUUUUUCUUAUGAACAAACGAAUAUUUUCAAAAAAUUAAAGCGCACUUCGCUAAGUAAGACAAUAAUGCGUUAAUGUGCAGUAGAAUGUAUCUUAAAAGGAUUUAUCGAAUUUAUUACGAUCACCUCUUAAAAUAGUUUCAAUUACAACAGAAAAGAUUCCCUUAAAGUUUAAGCUCUUAAUUCUAACGGGAAGAGUUACCGCAAAAUUUUUUUUGUGAUUUCUUCCAGAAAUAUUUUUGUUUAUGUUAUUUGACUUUGUAUCUUUUUCAAAAAUCCAUAAUGCAUUCAAUUGAUAUCAGAGAUCGGUAUAUCUAUGCCGUAUGUCUUAGUUUAACAUUUAGUAAAUAUAAUCAAUAAAUUAAAUUUCUUUCAAUAUUUGCUCAAAUAAGUUCGUCACCUUUAAGUUUAUUAUUUGUUUUAACCAUUAAAUAAUAAACAAAAUGUUAGAAGUUUCGUGUAUCAUAAUAUCGAAAUAAUUAUUUAUUUACAAUUCUUUAACUAUAAUAAAUUAUUAAUAAAAUAGAUCUCUUUGAUAAAUAAAUAUAAUAAACUUAAAAAAUCACAAAAACAAAAUUUGCGGCACGUUGUCCCGUUGGAAUUAAGAGCUCAAACUUUGAGGGAAUUUUUUUUUGUCGUAAUUGAAACCGUUUGUGAGGUGAUCGUAAUAAAUUCAAAAAAUCCUUUUAAGGAACACUUUACUGCACACUAAUGCAAAGUUCCUGAUUACUGUAUUAGUGCAACAAAGAUAUACCGUUCACCCACUUAGGUGCAAGAAUGAAAAAAAGUAGGAACUUCUGAUAAGGAUGCAGACUGAUUUGAUAUGCUAUUUGAAAAAAAUUUUAGCUAAAAAUAAAAAAAAUAUUUUUUUUCUUUUUUUUCAUCAAGCUGUAU